GCUGCUGUCCCUGCGCCACAGGCUGCCCAGGGAAGGAAAUCCCGGAGGAAGCCAUUGUUGUUAUCACGUCCGCCUGUUGUCGUCAUGGGCUGAGGCGUGCCUAGAAGCCCCCGUCCCGCGUAGGGGCCCGCGGUUUCUGCCCGUUUUCGAGCUCGCGCGCCCCGGGCCGCUUGGAGCCCGGGAGUGAGCAGUGGCCCUCGCGCCCCAGCUCCAAGGCUCUCAGAGCUGGCAAAGCCGCAGACCCGGCGCGGAGCUUCGAAAACCGACGGCGCCAGACGGGACGUGCCUGGGGCCCUGGCAUAGGCGAACCGGACAUGAGUUCCAUCCCGGCUCUGACGCGGACCAGCCAGAGUGUCACAGCUUGGAGUGCACAAUCCAGUCACCACCCCCUUUUCAUUCUACACUGCUGGCAGGUGUGAGGGGCUGAGAACAUUGAGCAUUUGAAGCUUCGACUCCAGGCUCAGCCACCGACUUUGCUUCUCUUCACAGAGCCCUCUGAGCCCCUCCCCGAGGAGCCCAAACCCAUGGAGAUGUCCUUCCACCACUGCCACAGGGACCCCCUGCCACAGCCGGGCCUCACCCCUGAGCGGCUGCAGGCGCAGAGGCAGCUGUGUGCCGCCUGUGCUGUGUGCUGCGUCUUCAUGGCCGGGGAGGUCGUCGGCGGGUAUUUGGCGCACAGCCUGGCCAUUAUGACCGAUGCAGCCCACCUGUUGGCAGAUGUGGGCAGCAUGAUGGGCAGCCUCUUCUCCCUCUGGCUCUCUACCCGUCCAGCCACCCGCACCAUGACCUUUGGCUGGCACCGCUCAGAGACUCUGGGGGCUUUGGCCUCUGUGGUCUCCCUCUGGAUGGUCACUGGCAUCCUCCUGUACCUGGCCUUCAUCCGCCUGCUGCACAGCGACUACCACAUCGAGGGGGGUGCCAUGCUGCUGACCGCCAGCGUCGCAGUCUGUGCCAACCUGCUAAUGGCCUUUGUGCUGCACCAGGCUGGGCCCCCCCAUAGCCACGGGUCCAGGGGGGCAGCGUAUGCACCGCUGGAGGAGGGGCCCGGGGAGCCCCUGCCCCUGGGGAACACCAGCGUCCGGGCGGCCUUUGUGCAUGUGUUGGGGGACCUCCUGCAGAGCCUUGGGGUGCUGGCUGCCUCCGUCCUCAUCUACUUCAAGCCUCAAUACAAGGCAGCUGACCCCAUCAGCACCUUCCUCUUCUCCAUCUGUGCCCUCGGGUCCACUGCGCCCACCCUCCGAGAUGUUCUCCGUGUCCUCAUGGAGGGUACCCCCCGAAGUGUGGGAUUUGAGCCUGUGCGAGAUACCCUGUUGUCAGUGCCUGGAGUUCGGGCAACCCAUGAGCUGCACCUGUGGUCCCUUACGCUCACUUCCCAUGUUGCCUCCGCACACCUGGCCAUUGACUCCACGGCUGACCCUGAAGCUGUCCUGGCUGAAGCCACAUCCCGGCUCCACUCCCGGUUUGGAUUCUCCAGCUGUACCCUGCAGGUCGAGCAGUACCAGCCCGAGAUGGCCCAGUGCCUGCGCUGCCGGGAGCCCCCCCAAGCCUGAGCCACGGCCCCACCCUCACCCCACUGCCAGGCCCAGGCUCAGCCCUGGACUCUCAGCACCUGCCUCCCUGCGCACGGAGAAGGGACGGAGCUGGGUCCGUACCCUUCCUCUCUCCCCGCUUCUACCUGUCAACCCCCCAGCCCCAGUGGGCAAGCCCAAAGUGCGUGUGGGGAGUGGGGCCGGAGUCAGGCUGAACAGGAGGAUCGGUGCAGUGGGGGUGUGUAGAGGUCCUGUGGUCCCUGCGCCCCAUGGUCUGAGGAGCCCCCAGCAUCCUUUCCGUGCAGCUCACUUGUCUGUGUGGCAGGCUGGCUGGUUGGGGGCUCUGCCUGUCUACGUGCUGUUGGUGUGCCUAUGCCUGGGGGAGGUCAGCAGGGGCCCCCUCCCCCUGUGGCCCUCGCUCUGUCUAUGCAGAAGCCCCAAAGCCCGCACUUUGUCCGUGUGUUCUGGCCCUGUGGUUUUGUAUCUGUGUGUGUGUGUUUCUUGGUACUGUGGCCUGUGUGUCUCUGUGCCUGUGUGGCUGUGCUAUGGUCUCUGUGAGUCUGCAGCAUCCAUGUGUCCAUUUGGGGGUCUUUCUGUCCAUCCCUCUGUUGGUGCUGUGCCCUAGGCUAUCCCAGAGAGAGGGGGGACUCCACAGCAGCUCCGCCAAUAAACUUGUGUCUAACUGCAUCUUUCA